CUAGCCAAUGUCAAGUUGGACGGAAUAUAAGUAACCUCCACAGGCCGGCCAGGGGAGUGGAGGGGAGUUUUUUACAACGGUUUGUGUACCUCCAUCCUGUAGCGGUCAUCGGGCAACAGUCUAUGCAAGGACUUUAUCGGAGGAUGAUGUAGAUAGAACACCCCAUGUUGCCACUCGACUGUGUGACCAACUAGCUAUGUAGUACUUGAAGUACUAGUGUUUACGAGUUUUUUGGAUUAUUGACAACAGUGCAGUGAGACUUUGUGCUGAUCCACAUAGUGACAAAACGUUUUUUGUGAAGUGAUCUUAAAACUCUUAUUUGGAUUACGAUAAAUCGCGACAACCAAGAUGCCUAAGAUUUUCAUGAUUAAGAAUCGGCUGCUUCAGCAACAGCUGAAGUUGGCUGAGUACCACGAAUUACUGGCAGCUAAACAGGACUUUCAACUAGAGGAACCUCAACCCCUAUCGCUGAUAGUACCUAAAAAAUCAGAAACAGAGAAAGAAAAGCCUAAAGAUGAAGCCCUUGAAUCUCCAACUCCACCACCAGAAGAGAAGAAAGUUACAGAAACAGUGCCACCAAGAAGGUUCAUAUCAUCCAUACUUGGUGGGGACGUUCCGUAUGGUAGCAGAGGCCACGUCUUGACAAGAGCUGAAAGGAAGGAGUACGCCCCAAUAAAACCACCGGAUAAAGUGGUUAUACCAGAAGCCAAGAAACCACCUGAAGAUACUCCGCAACCCAAAGUGACCCCACCAGUGAGACAGUUCUCUGUGAUACAGAGAACCCCGAAGACGACGUCCAAGCGAGAAGAUGAUCUAGACACCAGGUUAUCAGCCUUGAUAGUCCAAGAGCCGGAGCAAGAACAACCAAUAGACUACCACAUACCCAAAAGGAAAGGAGAAACGGAAGACGAGAACGAAGAGAAGAAGCUGAGGGAGCAGAGACGUAGUCACAGUUCCAAAAUCAGCAAACCUGCAAUUUCUGUAAGAACGAUGGCUGGAAAGGUACCCCAAAUCAUGACAGCGGCAGCUGGUCAUGGUAGGGGUAACGCGCCUAGCCAAGGUGGUGGUGGCCAAUCCCAAAACAGUUCUUCGGGUGGGGGAGGCACCAUCAAUUUCUCCGGUGGUUCAACUGGGGGCGGUGGAGGAGGCUCCCUUGGGAGCGGCACUGGAGGUGGUGGCAUGAAUCCAGGACGUGAUGGAAGGCAGAACUACGGUCCGAGCAGUCCUCCGACUGGAAGUUUACCACCCUUCUACGAAUCGCUGAAAGGCGGCAACAACGGUAAUAACUACAACGCCAAUGGUACCUUCUCAUCUAGCUAUUUAUUGAAUCAUAUGGACUGUGAUAACGGACAAGAUCUAGGUAGUCUGAACGCCAAUGGGGGUCAGAGUCCGCCCAAACAAUACUCUACGUUACAGAAUGCCUCUUAUGGAAUAGUCAUGAAAGAUGAAACUGAUCUAGACCUCUACGAGAGCAAAAUAGAUUCCAUCAAUCAACUCCUACCUGGACCUUACACCGGAUACGAAGAUUCCAUGAUGGUGGAUAUGGUAACUGGAGGAGUUGUGGAUCCACUACAAUUCACAGCCACCCUAACAUUCUCAAGCUCCGCUGAACACGCCUUGCUUGAGAGCCUAUCAGACGCAACAGAUCUAUCGUCGUUCCUUCAAAGAUUGCCUACUGGAGAUAAUGAAAACGAGGAGAUCAUCUCCAAUAACAUUCAUUCAUCACCCAUAACGUCAGAAUCCUCACAAAUACAGCAAGUCGAUCAAAUCGAUUCCUUCAACGAUCAUAUCCUAGGAAGAAAUUACGAAGGGAGGAACUUCAACCAAUUCUCCAAGCUCUACUCUGAUUCCUUAGCGUCGUAUCCAAGUUCAGUCAAUAACGAGUCUCUUCAAGUGCAGAUACACCAGCAGCAGCAGCUGUUGUCACCUAGUUUGUCCUUCAAUGGGAGCGCGUUGGAUCUAGACUCGCCGACGACGAUGAGUCUACCUUCACCUGGUGCUGCUAGCUGUUCUUUGGAUGGUGCGCAUAAUGAUGGAGGCUCUUUAAGUCCACCGGCUAAUGUGAGUGGGAGAAGGGAUAGCACAAGCAGCGAGACACCAUCCCUUCAAGGAAGGGUAAAUGUUUUGCAACAAAGGCUUGGUCUACCUUCAGAAGUUCAGUUGGAAUUUGUGAAUGGAGGACAUGGAAUCAAGAACCCACUGGCGAAUCAAGAGAAUGUUAGACAUACAGCUAGAACGGAAGACAAAACUAAGGUUGCUGCUAUAACGACAGAAGAUGGUCAGACAAACUUCUGUUGUAGAGUAUGCAAUAAGACAUUUGGACUGCAGAGACUUCUAAACAGGCACAUGAAGUGUCAUUCAGAUGUGAAAAGAUACUUGUGUACAUUCUGUGGCAAAGGUUUCAAUGACACUUUCGACUUGAAGAGACACACUAGAACUCACACAGGUGUACGUCCUUACAAGUGCAGCCUCUGUGAGAAGUCCUUCACGCAGAGAUGUUCAUUAGAGUCCCACUGUCUCAAAGUCCACGGAGUACAACACCAAUACGCCUACAAAGAACGAAGAACCAAAGUAUACGUUUGUGAAGAAUGUGGUCACACAACUAGCGAACCAGAAGUCCAUUACAUCCAUUUGAAAGAGAAACAUCCAUAUAGUCCAGCCCUUCUCAAAUUCUAUGACAAAAGACACUUCAAAUUCACGAAUUCGAAUUUUGCUAACAUGCUCCUACAAGUGCGUACAUAAAAAUAUUCACCUUAAAACAUCUGAUUGAAGAAAGACUUGAAUGGCUUUCUUUAAUUCAGGCUAAAACGUUGAAAAAUUUUCGAAAAUUGGUUUGAUCUCUUUCUGUUUGGAGGCCUUCGGUGGCCACUUUAAACUGGCAAAGUACUACAUGCAUACCGACAAAUGAUACUGUCACUACGAUUUCUUUUGCGGACCAAACAUAUCAGCAGAAAAUUGAUUCGAAACGUAAGAACGUUUUGAAUUACUCUUUUCCUGAAAUGUUCUUCUUGUUACGAAGUGGUAAGAUUAAUCGUAGAAAAGGUGUGUACAUAGUUUGUUACGUCCGUGAAUUAUGAAAUUAUCGUUUGUAACUUUCGUUCUGUGAUAUAAGAUCAAAUUUCAAAGAAAAACAACGUAUUCACGAUGAAUAUUUUCAUUCCAGGUGUAGGAGCAGCGUUCUAAAAAAACAAACAAAAUAACAUCUCCCUUGAAAAAAAUAUCGGGUUAUUUGUGCAAUCAGGUGUAUGGAUUUGGGGUUAGAUUAAGGAAUUAGAUUAGUGGUUUUGUUUUAUUGUCAGAAACGAGGCUAGAAUUUGGAAAAAAAAUUAUGUCAUCUAAUUAUCGAACAUAAUUGAAAAUUCCAAUACGUGAAUAGAGUGAUGAUUUUCUAUAUUAUCCAAAAUUUGUAUAGAUUAGGAUCACUUUUUCUGGACUUUGGCCCGUUUCUGAAUAUGAGGCUCAAAGAUAGCCUAUAACGCCUAUGGUGCUGCAGAAUAUCUAAAAGUAUGUUGUGAUUUAUCCUUGUUUCGUUUUCUUUUAAAUGGCAACGAAUUUCCUGCAAUAUAUCUUUUACUCAAAUCCUUUUAUACUUUGUUAACUGAGUAAGUUGUUUAUAAAUGAAGAAUGAAUGUUGUUAGUGUUUUUGUACAUAGAAAAUUUUUAGGCAUUUAUCUACUAUAAGUACCUUAAUCUUUAUAUAGAUAAAUUGUGGAAAAUUGACUUGGUAACUUCCUGAGUAUCCAAUUCGUAUCUAUUUAUUAUUUCAUUGUUUUUUGAAAUACUAAAUUUUGUUACAUAACAGUAUUUAAAAAAAUUUGACUGUUUAUGAACUGAAAAUAAUGCUUUUUGUAAACAAAAAUUAGCUUUAAUACUGAUCUAUCAAUUCAAGAUUAAAUGUAAUAACUUAUGUAUUUAUAUUUUCACAAUUAUGUAGAAAAGUCUACUUUCCUAAUAUUGUUAUACAAUUAAAUUAUAUACUAUUGAACAAGAAA